CCUUGAGUCGCGAUAAGUAUAUCCCUAUCCUCUUUCGUCUUCCACCCCCACUCCACAACACCCUGGCCAGCAAUUUCUUAGUGUAAAUUCAUCGAUCAAUCAACAUUUGAGGUUUCCUAAUGUUAAUCCCAUGAUUGCGAUCGUUGCUUUUGCUACCUAAAUUCAAACAUUUAAAUAAUUGAGAAAAGAAAAUCACCCAAAUUCCCAUUAUCCUUUCCCUCUAUCUCAUCCAUCUUCAAGAAGCACCAACGCUUUAGGGUUUCUCACUUUUUGACCCAUCACGCUAGUGAAUUGAUAAAUCUUCCAAAUUUCCAGCUUUCGCCUUUUGCAGAGUUGAAUUGAAUUCUGGGUUUUGGAGUUUUUUUUGAAAUUUUUGUUGCUCAGUGAUUAUACACUUAGGAAUAUAGGAAAAGGUCGAAUUUUUUUAAGCUUCGCAAGAAUUUUGGCGUUAUUUAAAAAGGCUCUACAUUAACAUUAACAUUUGUAACUCAACAUUAAACCAUCGAUUGAAGAUGAUGAGAGCUUUGAUCAAAUCUUCAAGACUGAUUUACUCACAAUUUCGCUAUCAUGAAGUAAAAAGAGUGUUAUCAAAUGCAAAUCCAAGAUUAUUUGAUCUAAAAUAUGAUACUCAUACAUAUAAUUGUGGACAUUCAUCGCACAUUUUUUCAAGAGCGAUGUCUGCUGAUGCUGCUAAAGUAAAUUAUGAAGAGGUGAAGAGAAGUGGACCUCUUGUGGAAUAUGAACGAAGAAUCAAUGCUGGAGAACUUGAAGAUGGUGAUAAUUGUCAGAUAGGAACCUUAAGAGAAAUUCAAAGACUCUAUGAGGAACUUGGUAACUCUGCUCAUGUGUGUCAUCUGGAUCUUAAUUCUGAUUCUGGGAAAAAGGCGAGGAGUAGGUGGUUAUGGUCACGUUUUAUGCCUCAAUCUUCAGUGUCACCAGUGAAAGGACUUUAUCUCUAUGGAGGAGUUGGAACUGGAAAAACCAUGUUGAUGGAUUUAUUUUAUGAUCAAUUGCCUUGCAAUUGGAGGAAAAAGAGGAUUCAUUUUCAUGACUUUAUGUUGAAUGUUCACAGCCGUUUACAGAGGCACAAAGGGGUGUCUGAUCCGCUUGAAGUUGUUGCAGGCGAGAUUUCUCAUGAAUCUGUUUUGUUAUGUUUAGAUGAAUUCAUGGUUACUGAUGUAGCCGAUGCUAUGAUAUUAAACCGAUUAUUUAAACAUCUUUUCAGCAAUGGUGCUAUACUUGUUGCUACAUCUAAUCGAGCUCCUGAUAACCUUUAUGAACGUGGAUUACAAAGAGAUCUUUUUCUACCCUUCAUUUCCACACUAAAGGAUAGAUGCAUAGUAAAUGAAAUCGGUUCAUCUGUAGACUAUAGGAGAAGAACCUCGGCGGAAGAAGGUUUCUACUUCAUACAAAAUGGUACAUCCGAUUUCCUUAUGCAAAGGUUUAAAGAGUUGAUAGGGGAACAUACGGCUCAUCCUCAAGAGGCUGAAGUUGUUAUGGGAAGGACACUUCAGGUACCUUUGGGUGCCAAUGGAUGUGCAUAUUUUCCAUUCGAGGAGCUUUGUGACAAACCUCUUGGUGCUGCUGACUAUUUUGGAUUGUGUAAGAAUUUUCACACCUUGGCUUUGGAUGGUGUCCCAAUAUUCGGUCUCCACAAUAGGACCGCAGCAUAUCGAUUUGUCACAUUAGUUGAUGUAAUGUACGAGAAUAAAGCCCGGUUGAUGUGUACGGCUGAGGGGACUCCGUUUGAAGUUUUUGAAAGAAUCGUGACGGUUGCAGAUGCUCAUAACAUAGCACCAAGAACCUCAUCAAGAUCAAGGAAAAAUGACGAUUUUGACCUUUGUGUUGACAACGAAUUGGGCUUUGCAAAAGAUCGCACCAUUAGUAGGUUGACAGAAAUGAAUAGCAAAGAGUAUCUUGAGCAACAUAGUGAAAUGAUUACACACAACAAUGAGAAUGUGGUGCAUGCGUAACACAAAUGAUAGUGAACAUUAUACAAAAAUCAUAAUUGCAAUUCAAGAUGUUAAUUUAGGAAUAAAGGUAGCCAUGUUUGAUGAUUGUGUAUGAUUAGUAGGUGGGCCUUUAGUUUCAUUUGUAACAUUUUACUUGUCAUGUUUAUAUGACCUAAUUAUGGGCCCCAUUUAUUUGAUAUGCAUAAAUGAGAGUGGAAUCUUAUGUAGAAUACAUCAUUUGUAAUUGAAAGUGUUUUAUGGGUGAA